AUGGCGGCGGCGGCGGCUUCGGCGCCUCAGCAGCUCUCGGACGAGGAGCUUUUCUCCCAGCUCCGCCGUUACGGCCUGUCUCCCGGCCCGGUGACGGAGAGCACUCGCCCGGUCUACCUCAAGAAGCUCAAGAAGCUCCGCGCGCUCCGCGUCAAUCACUCCAACCACACGGCCUCCAAUCACACCUACCUGAAGAGCACCUACGCCCAGCCCCAGCUCGCCGAGCCCGAGGAGGCGCUCCUCCAGCAGUUUAAACGCGAGGAGGUGUCCCCCACGGGCGGCUUCAGCGCCCACUACUUGUCGAUGUUCCUCCUAACGGCGGCCUGCUUGUUUUUCCUCCUCCUGGGACUCACGUACCUGGGCAUGAGGGGGACGGGCGUGGCCGAGGAUGGAGGACUGGGCAUCAAAAACCCCUUUGAUGAAACAUUUGGAAAAAUACACGGAAAUGAAGAAAAUCUUAUGAUCACAUUAUACAAGCUUCAUGAUCGAUUGGCACAACUUGCAGGGGAUCAUGAAUGUGGCAGUUCUAGUCAGAGAACACUUUCUGUCCAGGAGGCAGCGGCAUAUUUAAAAGAAUUGGGCCCUGAAUAUGAAGAUGUAUUUGACACCUCAUUGCAGUGGAUUUUAGAAAAUGGAAAAGAUGUUGGUAUAAGGUGUGUCGGGGGUGAGUCUGACGAAGAACUGACAAAUAUAACUGAUGUGCAAUUUUUGCAGUCCACAAGGCCCCAGAUGUCUUUCUGGUGUCGCUUCCGCCGGGCUUUUGUUACUGUCACACACAGAUUACUGUUGUUAUGCUUAGGUGUGGUGAUUGUGUGUGUGGUUCUGCGCUACAUGAAAUAUCGCUGGACAAAAGAGGAGGAGGAAACGAGGCAGAUGUAUGAUAUGGUGGUAAAGAUUAUAGAUGUUUUACGAAGUCAUAAUGAAGCUUGCCAGGAAAAUAAAGAUUUACAACCCUACAUGCCUAUUCCACAUGUGCGAGAUUCCUUAAUACAGCCUCAUGACAGGAGAAAAAUGAAGAAGGUCUGGGACAGAGCUGUUGACUUCCUUGCUGCUAACGAGUCCAGAGUUCGAACAGAAACACGGAGAAUAGGUGGUGCGGAUUUUCUGGUUUGGAGGUGGAUCCAGCCUUCUGCAUCCUGUGACAAAAUACUCGUAAUACCAUCUAAAGUAUGGCAAGGUCAAGCAUUUCAUUUAGAUAGAAGAAAUUCACCACCAAAUAGUUUGACACCAUGUCUAAAGAUUCGAAAUAUGUUUGAUCCAGUUAUGGAAAUAGGUGACCAUUGGCAUUUGGCAAUUCAAGAAGCAAUUUUAGAAAAAUGCAGCGAUAAUGAUGGUAUUGUUCAUAUUGCAGUAGACAAAAGUUCUCGUGAGGGUUGUGUAUAUGUUAAAUGUCUAUCUCCAGAAUAUGCUGGAAAGGCUUUUAAGGCAUUGCAUGGCUCUUGGUUUGAUGGGAAAUUGGUCACGGUGAAGUAUUUACGCCUCGACAGAUACCAUCACCGCUUUCCCCAGGCUCUCACUUGCAAUACUCCCUUGAAGCCAUCGAAUAAACACAUGAACUCUAUGUCUCAUCUGCGUCUUCGGACUGGCCUGGUCAAUUCUCAAGGAGGCUCCUGAAAAGACGUUCCACUACCCCUAAGACUGUUAUUCACAAUUGGAGAAUUCCUUUUUGGCUUCCUGUCUUCCUUUUAAAAUGCUUUUUGUAUGUAAUAUUUUUAUUGAUGAAUACAGCUCUGUUUGAACGUUACAGAAAUCUUAAAGUUCCAAAGGGACUUGGCAGUGAAGCAGUAAUGCUGAGUAGAUAGAAUAACCAACCGUUUCAUUCAGUUUGGGGAGCUCAGUUAAGCCAAUGUAUUUAAAGUUUUGCAUGAGGAACAUUGACUUUAAUAAACUUUUUCAGAUGUGGUGAUUGUAUUUUUGCACCGAGAAGUGUUUGGAUGACCACACGAACGCAUGGUGAAGAGGCUUCUUGAAUUUCCAUAAUUUCCUGUGAACUAAUGUUGUGAGUUUUUGUAUAUAGUCAACUGCAUAUUUUCUUACAGGACUUAUGUGGUAAAGCAAUUAAUUUGCAAUUCAACUUUAGGAUUUUACUGCUUGUAAGAGAUUCUUUUGCUGCAGCUGGAAUAUGGAGAAAUUUUUGAGUUUUGUGGGUGCAUAUAAAUGUGGUGUACAUGUACUUAAAACUGGUUUUUGUGUAUAUAUAUAUGUAUGUAUAAAUGCUGGUGGUGGUGAAAGUUUUGUGAGGAUGUCUGCAUUAAAGCAGUAAAAUAAGCUUCCUAUUUUAUUCAUAAUCUAAUAUGUAUAUAUAUGUAUGUUUGAUAUAUGUGUGUAUGUGUAAAUAUAUGUGCGUGUAUAUAUAAAUAUAUGUGCACAUACACAUAUGUAUAUGGCUGUACUAUAACAUAGGUCAAACAGCCAAAACCUGGAAGUAUUAGAUACAAGUUUAAAAUAUCUUUUAUAGGUUUUAUAUAAAGAUGUCUGAGUAUGAUUUUGUGUGGAAGUUCUGAAACCAGUUGUAAUGGAUACAAAUUUAUGUGAGCAAUAAAGAAGCAAUUGGCAGAUAUUGGAAAAAGUAUUUUGUGAAAAGCUGUAUUUAUUAUAAAUACUAGGGCUGUGACAUAGUACCAUUGGGAUUGUCAUUUCCCAAUCUAUUUAUAAUUUAAUGAAAUGUUAGCUCCCCCCUCCCCUAUACCCCUGUUCGAUGUCAAGUUCAAAAACAGUGCACAUUGUUGCAGCAAAAUGUGUAUUUGAUUAAUUAUAUUUACAAUUUUAGGUUGUGAAAGUUUGUAAAAUAGCAAAUGCACGAGUGACUGUUGUCUUUGUGCCUCAGUAUUUCAUGAGUUUUGGUAAAGUUGCUUUAUUGUCUAUGAUUUCAGAUUAAAAUAGUUACUGAGCAAGGUUUACUUGUAAUCUAACAUGGUUUUUUUAUUUUCUAUACCUGUUUAUAUAACAUAUCAUUGUCAGUCCAAAUGAGUAUGUGAAACAGCUGGAAUUGUACCAAUUCUGAUUUUUUUAAAGCUCAGUUUCGUUUGUGUUUCGCUUCAUUUUGUGUGUGUGUGUGUGUGUGUGUGUGUGUGUGUGUGUGUGUGGUUUUCAGCAUGAACUUGCACAGAUAAUGCACGCUGUUUGGUUGAGUGAACAUGACGCACACUGUUAUGUACCAGGAAACCCUAUUGUGCCUUACCUAUGUGCUUUUGUGGGCACCAUGUUUAUGAAGAAUAAAAAAUGAUUUGUUAUCUGAAGAGAAUAAAUUUUACAUUCUCAGUUUAUGUCUCAGAUGCUGAAGUGUGAAAACAUAUAUAUAUAUAAAAUAUAAAGUAACCAAUCUUUGUAUUUUAUGAGCAUCGUAGUGGUUUAUCUGGGGCUAGUAACACUAUCUUGUAACCUUUAGCAAGAGUGAAUGUAAAAAAUAGCUGUGGCAUUUUAAAAGGUCACCCUUUGAUGCAGAUGCAUCUUUUUCUUGCUUCUAAAAUAUAUUUCAUGUAAACAUUGUAUACUUACUGUAAUAUAUCGUUAUUGAGCAGCUUAUUUUACCCGAAACUGUUAAGCUGACCAAGAUCCGUCCCUGCGAGACAGAUGGGAAUAUGUAUAAUAUUUGAGCAGUUCUGAAGUUUGAUGUAAUCUGUUACUUGUCCUGUUUAAAAAAAGAAAAGAAAAAAUUAUAAUUAAAAUAUUACUAGGUUUUGUUUUUUUU